CUUUUGAGGAUGGCAGCAGUUACUCUGCAAUCUUCAUACCACAAGUAAAAGCAAGGAGUUUUAAGGUUGGAGUCAUUUUCUUUAGUUUUCCUUCCUCAAAUUAAUCGCCACAUUCAAAUAACAAAUGAGCUGAAAUGUAGUGAUUGGUUUCUUAUUUCAUUAUAGUAUAAUAGACACACACAAAAACUAACUUCCUCAACGAAAUUAAGCACUUUGACUUUGAUCAGAAGGAUCUUAUUAUGCCAAAUACCAAGACUGAUUCAACCAUCACGAUGAAUCGAACAACUUCUAAGCAUUCUUCAUAGUCAGGCUAAGACGGACUGGUGAAUAAAAAAAGCUUGUUUUGUAGUAUUGCAGUUUAUAACUAACAUGGGAAGAAACUUGUUGGAUUUGUUGUCCAUCAAAAAAUGGAGGUGCUCUUGGCAUCUGGCGCCAACAAUGGCUUCUGUUCUGGCAUUAAUUUUGAUUGUGAAUCUAUUCUUCACAUCUUUCAUUUAUUUUAAUCAUCUAGCUCAGAAAUCUUGCGACCGUGUCAUUGGAGAACCCACAAUUGAUUCGAAGCAUCAGUUUUCACCUGACUUGCAUUUGCAUGGGGUCGUUGUUCAUCGUGGUGCACCAUGGAAAGCAGAGAUUGGUCAAUGGCUUGCGAGUUGUGAUGUUGUUACCAAGGAAGUCAACAUUACUGAGAUAUUAGGUGGCAAUAGCUGCAAAAAUGAGUGCAGUGGCCAGGGCGUUUGCAAUCGAGAAUUGGGACAGUGUCGCUGUUUCCAUGGCUAUGCUGGAGAUGGAUGCACUGAGCAAUUACAAUUGGAAUGCAACUAUCAAGGUUCCCCAGAAGCUCCAUUUGGGAAAUGGGUUCCCUCCAUAUGCCCUGCCACUUGUGACAAAACAAGAGCCAUGUGCUUCUGUGGAGAAGGCACAAAAUAUCCAAAUCGACCAUUGCCAAUGUCAUGUGGCUUUCAACUUAAUGCAUCUUCUGAGCCUGAUGGUCCCAUGGAGGUGGAUUGGACAAAAUUAGACCAAGAUGUGUUCACAACCAAUGGUAACAAAUCAGGUUGGUGCAAUGUGGACCCUGAUGAAGCAUAUACUGGCAAGGUGCAAUUCAAAGGCGUAUGUGAAUGCCAGUAUGAUGGUCUAGGGGGUUGGUUUUGUGAAGUGUCUGUGCAAUCUACUUGCAUUAAUCAGUGCUCUGGACAUGGCCAUUGUCGUGGUGGAUUUUGUCAGUGUGACAAUGGCUGGUAUGGAGUAGAUUGUAGCACUCCUUCUGUCAUGUCUUCUGUAUGGGAAUGGCCUAAUUGGCUUCGCCCUGCUCAGAUUGAUGUUGCUGACAAUCAGCAUUUUGAUGAAAAAGUUAUUAAUGCUAAGGCUGUGGUGGCUAAGAAAAGGCCUCUUAUAUAUGUUUAUGAUUUGCCUCCAGUGUUUAACAGCCUGCUCCUUGAGGGGCGCCAUUUUAAGCAAAACUGUGUAAAUAGAUUAUAUGAUGUCUAUAAUGCAACAAUAUGGACAGAUGAACUUUAUGGUGCCCAGAUAGCACUUUAUGAGAGUAUCUUAGCUAGUCCUCAUCGAACUCUGAAUGGUGACGAGGCAGAUUUUUUCUUUGUUCCAGUUCUUGAUUCAUGUCUCAUAGAUCGUGCUGAUCAUGCUCCUCAUUUGAGUACGCAGAACCAUGAGGGUUUGAGGAGCUUUUUGACUCUGGACUUUUAUAAGAAUGCUUAUAAUCACAUCGUUGAGCAAUAUCCUUAUUGGAACUGCUCAUCAGGAAGGGACCACAUCUGGUUUUUUUCAUGGGAUGAAGGUGCUUGCUAUGCCCCUAAGGAGAUAUGGAGCAGCAUGAUGUUAGUUCACUGGGGAAACACAAACACAAAGCAUUACCAUUCAACUACAGCCUAUUGUCCUGACAACUGGGAUGGUAUUCCUUCUGAUAGAAGAGGUUUUCAUCCAUGUUUUGACCCUGAAAAAGAUCUUGUGAUUCCUGCUUGGAAAGUGACUCAUGUUCAUGUGUUAUCGUCAAAACUUUGGGCUUGGCCCCUUGAGAAGCGGAAGACGCUGUUCUACUUCAAUGGGAAUUUAGGACCAGCUUACCCUUAUGGAAGAAAUGAAUGGUAUAGCAUGGGUAUCAGACAGAAGCUUGCAGAAGAGUUUGGAUCAAAGCCAAACAAGGAAGGAAAACUUGGGAAACAGCGUGCCAAAGACGUCGUUGUGACCGCAGAGCGUUCUGAAAACUAUGAAGUGGAACUAGCAAGUUCUGUUUUCUGCGGAGUUUUGCCUGGAGAUGGUUGGAGUGGACGCAUGGAAGACAGUGUUUUGCAAGGAUGCAUUCCUGUGAUCAUUCAGGAUGGGAUUUUCCUACCAUACGAAAAUGUACUCAACUAUGACAGCUUUGCUGUUAGAAUACCUGAAGAUGAAAUUCCAAACUUGAUAAAGAUUCUUCGGGGAAUCAAUGAUACAGAAAUCAAAUUCAAGCUCGCAAAUGUUCAGAAAAUCUGGCAAAGAUUUUUGUAUCGUGAUUCAGUUUUGCUUGAAGCUGAAAGACAAAAAACUGCUUUUGGACAUGUUAACGAUUGGGCUGUUGAAUUCUUAAAAUUGAUUGAGGAUGAUGUCUUCACCACUUUUAUACAGGUUUUGCAUUACAAGUUGCAUAAUGACCCUUGGAGGAGGCACCAAGUUGGCCUUAAGAAAAAGUUUGGAUUACCUGAUCAGUGUCUGCUAAGUAGUUCCAAAUGAUGAGCUUGAUUACUGUGAAGAUUAUUGUUUGGAGGAAAACAUGGCCAGAAGCUCCCCUUUCUUUCAUGUGUAGAACUUGGUGCACAAAUGAUUCUUUAUUCAAUAUAUAUAUAUAUAUAUAUGCAUACGAAGUGCGUUAACAAACAAAUUAUU